AUGUCGUGGCUUACCAUCUCCCCCGAGUCUCACUUCUCUAUUGCCAACAUUCCCUUUGGCAUCAUCUCCACCUCAAGCGAUGCGACAAAGCGCCCUGCCGUUGCUAUUGGCGACUACGCUUUAGAUCUCAAGGCAUUUGCCAGCGGUGGUGGUUUCUCUGCCUCUUCUGAAAUUCAGAAGCACCAAGACGUCUUUGCGGCUGAGUCUCUCAACAACUUCGCUGCUCUGGGCCGAUCUUUCCAUCGCUCAGCUCGCGAGUACCUCCAGUCUAUUUUCAGUGCAGACACCAAGCACCCCCAGAUUCUCAAGGACAAUGAGCAGCUGAAGAAGACUGCGCUUUUGAAGCGCGCUGAUGUUCAGAACCAUCUCCCUCUCAACAUCGGCGACUACACUGAUUUCUACGCCGGCAAGAACCACGCAUACAACGUUGGCGUUUUGUUCCGUGGCCCGGACAAUGCUCUGCAGCCCAACUAUACUCAUCUUCCUGUUGCUUACCACGGCCGCGCCAGCAGCGUCGUGGUUUCCGGCACCCCUCUCCAUCGUCCUUGGGGACAGAUUCUCAAGGAUCCCAAGGCCGAGCCCAAAAUCCCCACCCUGUCACCCUGUCAGCGACUGGAUCUGGAGCUCGAGAUGGGCAUGUUCAUCUGUCGCGAAAACAAGCUCGGCAGCCCUAUCCCUAUUGACGAGGCCGAGAACUACAUUUUCGGCUACGUCUUGAUGAACGACUGGAGUGCUAGAGACAUCCAGGCCUGGGAGUACAUUCCUCUCGGCCCUUUCACUGCAAAGAACAUGGGCACAGCAAUCAGCGCCUGGGUGGUUUUGGCGGACGCUCUGAAUAACUCAAGGACUGCCGGUAUCCCCAACGAUAAGACUCUUUUGCCUUACCUACAGGAGAAGAAGAAGGACAACUGCCUCAAUAUUCACUUGGAGGUUGACUUGACUACUGCCAAGGGCAACAAGACCACCAUCUCCAGGUCCAACUCCAAGAACCUUUUGUGGUCCUGGCCGCAGAUGAUUGCCCACCACACGAUUACCGGCUGCAACUUACGACCCGGUGACCUGUUGGGUUCAGGAACCAUCACGGGAGACAAGCCCGGCAGCGAGGGCAGUAUUCUGGAGCAAACCCAGGGCGGCAAGGUUGCUGUCAAGCUGCAGGGUGGAGAGGAGCGCAAGUUUUUCGAGGACGGAGACACGGUGACUAUUCGGGGAUGGGCUGGUGAGCAAGGCGCUUUGAUUGGAUUCGGUGAGGUGUCUGGUACCAUCCUGCCAGCGCAGCCUCUGUUUUAA